AUGAGUGCUCAGCUACGACAUCGAAUCGGAGCACUUCGCAAGCAACUUGCGAACGCUGUCAAAAAUUGCGAGGAAGACCAGCACGUUAACAUUCCUAAUUUCCUCGCCGCAAGUACCAAUAACUCAGUCUUCGACUACAUGGAAGCCCUGCACGCCCAUCGAGAGACAAUCCUCACAAAGCUCAACAAACUGGAGAAUCUCAACGAGAUUUGGAGCAAACUCAUAGCCGAAAACAUCGAUGAGGUAAAAAUUUUCAACGACUUCAUCGAAAAAUACGGAGAUUACAGAAUCGAACUCAGCGACGCUAUCAAAAUCCUCGAACAAAUCGACGCUAACUAUGCUCUCAUACUCGAAGCCCUAGAGAAACGAGGAAUCAGCCACGAGUUCAAACGAGACGACUACCUACUGCAGCAAAAUCGAGACGAAAACGUUCAACGAGCAGAUGAUUUGCACACGAAUAGAGCACCAACGUAUGUUCUUCAAAAUCAGAAUGAUUUCCUCUCUUCGCGGCAUCAAGCAGUCUCUCGCGAAAAGGCUCAUCUUAACUAUUUCGAUGCAUCACUAAUUUGGCGAGUGGAUCUCCCAUCCUUUUCUGGGAGCCUCAUCGAAUUUCCCGAGUUUUGGUCGCGAUUCCAUUCCCUCGUCCAUUCCAAAAUGUCACUUUCUGGUGCCACAAAGUUCUCGCUAUUCAAAAGUUGCUUACGAGAACGUGCUCUAGAAUGCAUCGAAAGUCUACCAAUCACGGAUGAAGAAUACAUCACGGCAGUCGACAUUCUUCACAUGACGUACAAUCCGUCUACGAUUCGUCAUCUCAUCUACACUCAACUGUCAAAUCUCGCAUCCUGA